AUGCCAGACCUUCAAGCGAUAUACGAUGAAUACAACGAGAUUCAUAAUGCCAUCAUUGAAGCCGUACCCGAAGAUGCCGAGGCACAGGAGGAAAAAUUUAUUGAGUUUGAAGAAGCCUACAACGAGGCCUCAAUAAAGAUUGAGAUCCUGAUGGAUGUGCUGCAAAAGGACAAUCAGCGAACCCCAGCCAACCCCGUUGUCGCCCCGAUGCCUCUGGCAGGUCAAGUGAUAGUUAACACACAAUCCUACCGUGCACCGUUACCCACAUUUGAUGGUCGCUAUGAAGCAUGGCCACGCUUCAAGGCCAUGUUCCAGGACCUUAUGGAGCGAACUAAUGAUUCAGAUGCUGUUAAGCUAUACCAUCUGGAAAAUUCGCUCAAAGGUGAAGCUGCAGGGGUUAUAGACAUUGAGACGCUACAAAACAACCACUACGAGCGAGCGUGGGAAAUAUUGGAGCAACGAUUUGGGAACAAGCGUCUCAUAUUGGAAAGCCACAUUCUGGGCCUCCUGAACAUGACGAAGGUUCAAAGGAAAAGUUCCAAAGAACUGCGGAAUCUGGUGGACGAGUGUACUCGACACAUCGAUAACCUAGUCAAGCUAGACCAACCUCUGACUGGUAUGUCGCUAAUGUUCGUGGUGACAUUGCUGGCACGUGCACUGGAUGAUCAAACCCGUGAGCUGUGGGAAGCCUCAUUUGAUCAAACGGAGCUACCGCAAUAUGAUGACAUGAUCAAGUUCCUGAGACAGCGAGUUGUGAUAUUGGAGCGCUGCGAGACCGCCACAACAGCUGGAACGUCCAAGACUUCAAAGUUUGCACCGUUCAAAGGAGGAGUCUCGAAAUCAUCGCAUGCAGCAAUAGCAACAUCGGAAAAUGCAUGCGAUUUCUGUAACGGCCAGCAUAAAAAUGACAAAUGCCCAAUAUUCGUAGGAAUUAAUGUUCAGAAGCGGUGGAGAAAGCUCAGAGAGAUGAAGCUGUGCUACAACUGUCUUCAGAAUGGGCAUCAAAUGAUUAAUUGUCCCAGCAAAGGUGUUUGUGGAAAGUGUUUUGGAAGGCAUCACACUCUUCUUCAUUUUCUUCGAGAUGAACCAUCAAAAUCAGUCGAGGGGCGACAGAGGCUUGGCGUAACAGAGCGACCAGUCAACGCAUCGUGUUCCAGCGUUAAUCGCCAGCCUAGGAAGCAGAUCUUCCUGAUGACUGCAUUGGUUAAUCUUCAAUCGAAAGGAGGUCAAGUUCAUAAGGUGCGAGCCUUAUUGGACUCUGGCUCGCAGGUCAAUCUGCUGACGGAAUCCUUGGUGCGGAAGCUGAACCUACCCAAGUACCCGACGAAUAUGCCUGUGGUCGGCGUAGGGGGAACUCGAUCCCAGAUACGUCAUCGAGUUGCAGUCCGAAUGUCUUCGAACUACAACGAUUUUGACGCCAUUGUGGACUGUCUUGUCACACCACGAGUGACGGGAACUAUACCUUCCACCAAGGUCAAUGUUGAUACUUGGCAUUUAACAGCCGGUAUGGUGCUGGCUGACCCGAGAUUUAACGAACCCAACGAUGUUGAGAUGCUGAUUGGUGCUGAAUAUUUCCAUGCCAUUAUGUUGCGAAGAAAGAUGCACCUCGCCGAAAAACUGCCAAUCUUGCUAGAGACUCAAUUUGGAUGGGUCGUUACUGGUUCUUACGAAGAGGACGACGGAGGUGGUGCACUAUGCGCUAACUUUGCUGUGGUUGACAGUUUGGAGGUCUGCCUCAAACGCUUUUUCCACCAGGAGGAGUUAACUGAACCAGAGACGGUUACAACUGAGGAAGAACGCUUCGAAGAACACUUCCAACGAACCUAUCGUCGCAACGAAGAUGGACGAUUUGUAGUUCAACUGCCAUUUUGUGAAUCAGUGAGCCAUUUAGAAGGCUCCAGAUCUCUACCAUCGAAACGAAACCUCAUUAUGGAGAAAAACCUUUUGCAGAAUCCCGACCUGAGGGAAUAUCAAACACUGGGCCACUGCCGUGAAGUAAAAGAGGAUGACGAUCCACCUGGUCUCCAAGCAUAUAUCUUAUCGCAUCACUGUAUCUUGAAGCCAUCCAGCUGCAGUACGAAUCUCCGUGUUGUGUUUGACGGGACAGCCAAGGCUACAGCAUUUUCCCUGAACGAUUCGUACAUGGAUGACAGGUUGUCUGGUUCAGAGACGGUGGAUUCGACCAAGAAGUUAAGCCGUCACCAAGAGACACUGAUGUUGAAAGGAGGAUUCCCCAUACGGAAGUGGUGUUCGAACUCCGAAGAUGUGCUUGAAGGAAUUCCAGACGCUGACCGAGAGAUCUUGGUGCCAAUUCAAGACUCCUGUGCCAAUGAAGUUAUCAAAGCCUUAGGACUCCUGUGGGACCCGAAAAGAGACUUGUUUCUGUUCCACAAGUCUCCUGAACAAACGAAGGAUGAUUCCCAGCCAACAAAACGAAAGGUGCUAUCCCAAACAGCAAGGUUGUUUGACUUAUCGGGCCUUGUGUCACCGGUAAGCGUAGAAGCGAAGAUGAUCAUGCAGUCGCUGUGGGCCGCUAACAUUGGUUGGGAUGAUCCGGUGAAGAGCGACUUGCUGCAUCGAUGGGAGGAGUUCCAAAAGUGGUUAACUCAGCUUGGCAAGCUCGAGGUUCCAAGAUGUGUCGUAGCUCCCGAGACCAAAACAAUGGAGAUACAUGGAUUCGCUGAUGCCUCGAAACAUGCGUAUGGUGCUUGUGUUUAUCUCCGCAGCAUUGCACACUGUAAAUCGAAAGUAGCACUGUUCGAAGAAGGCACUGUUCCAAAAUUAGAACUGUGGGCUGUUCAACUAUUGGUUAAAUUGGCGAAAAAGGUCAUCCUAACGCUGAAGCUAAAAAUUGAGGUUGUCAAGCUAUGGUCCUAUAGCCAAAUGGUGUUGGCUUGGUUGAAGAAUGCCUUGGAACGUCUAGAAGUGUGUUUUCGAAAUCGAGUGGCUGAAAUCGUUCUACUUGCCGAUGAUUACCAAUCGGGCUACAUUAACACAGCACACAAUCCGGCGGAUAUCAUGUCCCGAGGCGUUCCUUCCUUCCAAGAUGGCAAGAGCUCGCCAUCCACCCAGGCGCGGAUCUAG